AUGGCCCCAGCCUCCAAGGCAUCCCGAGCGAAGGGCCAGAAGCCCAUAACAUCCUUCUUCGCGAAACCCAAGAAAUCUGGAGAAUCCAGCAAGACUAACCAGUCUGACCCUGAAGAUGACAAACCCGAAGACGACCCGGUAGAGGACCCAGAGGACGACGACGAGGGCGAGGGAGAGGGCGAGGCGACCAAGGGCGUGAAUGUGGAGAACUCGGACUUGCCCCCCAUCUUCAAGAUACCUGCCAUCUUCUCCGACCUCGUGUCGCGUAUCCCUCAGAUCAAAGACGUUGCAGCACAUCUGAAGGGGCGUAAGCUACGUAUCGCGACUAUGUGUUCGGGGACUGAGUCUCCGCUACUCGCCUUGAACCUCAUACAACGCUGCGUCAUGGAGCGUUAUGAAGUAACCCUCGAUUACGAACAUGUAUUCUCUUGUGAGAUCGAGCCCUUCAAACAAGCUUACAUCGAGCGAAACUUCAAGCCUGCUCUUCUGUUUCGCGACGUCUGUGAACUUGGGGACGAUGAAGCUACUACGGCCUACGGAGCGCUCGCGCGGGUCCCAGGAGACGUCGAUCUACUCGUGGCCGGUACAUCUUGCGUCGACUAUUCCAACCUAAACAAUGAAAAGCAAGGCAUCGACGCAAACGGGGAGUCUGGGCGAACCUUCCGCGGUAUGAUGUCGUGGGUCAAGAAGCACCGUCCGCCGAUCGUUAUCCUCGAGAACGUCUGCGGUGCCCCAUGGGAUCGUGUGGCGGAGUACUUCGGCAACAACCACUACAGUGCGGCGCAUCUUCGGGUAGACACGAAGACAUUCUACAUCCCGCAUACUCGCACACGAGUGUACCUCAUCGCUGUCGACCAGAAACGCUCAGGUCUGCCCGACGCGUGGAAGAACCUGAUCCAGAAGCUCCGGCGCCCCGCCUCGUCGACGCUGGACGCGUUCCUGCUGCCCACGGACGACCCGCGUAUCCACCAGGCGAGGCAGAAGCUGGCUUCCGAAGCUCACAAUGUCGGCGAAAGGCGUGGGCGAACUGACUGGGGUCGAUGCGAGAGUCGUCACCAGCGCGCGCGUCUCGAAGAGCUCCUCGGAACGAAGCGCCCCCUUACCAGUUGGGAAGAAGGUGGUUACUGCAAACUGCAAGACUUUGCAUGGAACGACUGGGGCGUUGGCCAAGUCGAACGCGUCUGGGACUUGAUGGACAUCAGUCUCCUGCGCGCAGCGAAGAAGGGGGUCGACCCUUCGUUUAAGACUCAGGUGUGGAACCUCUCCCAGAACGUCGAUCGUUCUACGGGAGCGAGCAAGCCGGGUAUUUGCCCGUGUCUAACUCCCUCCAUGAUCCCGUACAUCACGAACCGUGGAGGACCCAUGGUCGGCCUUGAGGCUUUGUCUAUGCAAGGCCUUCCGGUGGACGAGCUCCUCCUCACUCGCGAAACGGAAGACCAGCUGGCCGAUCUGGCCGGCAAUGCGAUGUCGACGACCGUCGUCGGCGCGUGCAUGCUUGCUGCCCUCGUAAUUGGCAGGAAGCUAUUGAAGGACGGGUCGGACGCGCGGACGUAUGAGCAACGUCACGAUGGCGAGAUGGCAGACGGCGAGGCGAAGUCCACCAAGGUCGAGGAAGAGAUGGAGGUCGACCAGCCUGCCGUGGACAUCGAGGGCCGCAUCACGGGCGAGGACCAGCUGUCGCAGCAGCCCCUCGACCUAGCAGCGUCUACUUCGCAGCUGACGUUGCAGGCAAUUCUGGAACAGGCGCAGCGCAGCGCCCGUCUGUGCAGCUGUGAAGGGCGCAAGGACAUGACAGAGCGCACGCUCAACCGAUGCGUUGACUGCGACUCCACGUCGUGCGUCAAGUGUGGCGGCCGUCCGGAGCACAACCUGCAGCCCAUCGACCUCAAGGCGCAUCCGCGUCUGUCGCCAUCCACGUUCGAGAAGGACCUGAAGGCCGUCCUACCGAUGUCGCUGACGGUCUCAAACGUUACCAAAGCGCUUCUUGACAAGCUUGCUGGCGGGGUCGACAUCGACACCUCUAGCGGCCGCUGGACGGGCUGGCGCGCUGCGGUCUUGCGCGCGGCCGAGAAGGAGAUGCGUUUCGUCGAGCCCAAACGGCAGGAGGUCUGGUCCGUGGUGUACCAGUCGCCCACUGCGAAGCUUGAGCUUUCGCUACACCCAAAGCAGCCCGAGUGGCGCCUGUUCGCAUUCCCGGAGGAGAGCGAGCCCGCGAACGCCGAAAUCCGCAAGGUGCUCGACCUGCCCGUGGGCCGCUUCGUCUGCAGCGACGGGCUCUUCUCCGGGCGGUGGGAGUUUGCGCUCCCCGCCACCGCGAAGGCGGAUAUCACGAUCGAGGGCAGCGUCGAGCUCGUCGCGGCAUGGGAGCAGAAGCUCGGCCUGCAGGGCGACGAGUUCCGGAACAAGAUGGUGCACGCGCAGUUGGAGGUGAGCGUGCCCGAGGCGCAGCGCGAGCUGUUCGACCGCGACAUCUCCGGCACGUACACGCUCAUCGACAAGUGCGGAACGGCGAACGCGGCGCUGCACAAGCGCGAGCAGACGGACGCGGACGAGGGUCUGCCUCCGAUCUUCCUGCUCCUCGACCCGACGCGGUGCGGGGAGCCUGCGGCGGACUCGUUCGUGUUCUCCACGAGCACGCGGCGAUACGAGUAUGGCGAGAGCCGGCCGCUCAUUGCGAUUCUCGACCCGAAGUGGAGACAGUCGGAUGUGGACGGGGCGCAGGACGUCAAGUGCGUCCUCCCGUGCCGUUGGGUGGAGUCGUCGACCGUAAAGCUCACUCCCGCCUCGGGACAUGAUGCUGUGUUCUCGACUCCUUCCGAGGAGGUCACUAUCGAUGUGUCUCAAGACGCAUGUCAGAGCGCGACAGCGCUCCUCGUCUGCCGCGUCCCUCUGGGCGAGCAGGCCGGCCCGGAAUGGCCGCGCGGGGUAUGGGAAGAGGUCGACAAGGUGCACGAGCGUUCGACGUUCAAGUCCCUCGCCUGGCUAGUGGAGCGUAUCCGGAACAUCGACGGGCAGUUCAACGACUGGCAGACCGCGGACGCCGUCGACAACAACCACAUCCAGUGCCAGCGAUGCGCGCCCGUCUCGCCCGCCAUUCGCUGGGCGAAGGUCAAGAAGCGGAUCGCCGCGUUCGAAGACACGAUCCAGGCCGGAGAGUACGAGCGCAGCCUGAAGCGGCGUCCUGCCCCGUUCAUCACGCAGCUGAAGCUCGACGACGAGGGGCUCGGAAUUGUGCGCAUCGGUGUCAACAUGACCUCACUCAUGCACCGCGCACUGUCCCGGCUGCCUACCGCCGGUCGCACGGAGGCCGUAACGCUGUCGUGGCGGUUGAACACGGAUUUUACGCCCGCGGUCAAGAUCACGCUGCCCAAGUUCCGACUGUCGAGCAACAAGCGCGACGUCGAGCACGCGCAGCCGCCGAGCUUCAAGGUCCCGCUGCGUCCCGAGCAGCUGCGCUCGCUCACCUGGAUGCUCGCGCAGGAGAAGAAGGGCGCUCCCGCGUUCGUUGAGGAGGAGAUCUCAGAGGCGAUCCUCGAGCCACUCGGGUGGCGCGCAGAGGGCCGUGCACAGCGCCCACACCAUGUCCGCGGCGGCGUCCUCGCAGACGAGGUUGGGUACGGGAAGACGGCGAUCUCGCUCGGGCUGAUCGACUGCGCGGCGGAGGGCGUACGGAAAGAGUUCAAGGCGGUGAAGGGCAUGAAGGGCCAUAUCGCGACGAAGGCGACGUUGAUCAUCGUGCCGCCACAUCUGACGCGCCAGUGGGAGUCCGAAGUGCGCAAGUUCACGAAGAACACGUUCGAGGUCGUCGUGCUGCACACGGCGUCGAACCUCAACUCGCUCAAGGUCGAGGACGUGAUGGACGCAGACAUCGUCAUCGUCGCGUCGAACCUGUUCAAGAGUCAGGUGUACCAGGACAACUUGGAGGCGUUCGCGGGUGCGGGCGAGCUGCCCAUCCAGGACGGCCGGUUCUUCGACGCGCGGCUGGAGAUCACGCUCAAGGGGCUCCAGGAGCAGGUCGAGCGCCUCAGGGACGAGGGAGCGGAGGAGGUCAUGGAGCAGAUCAAGGAAGGCCGUAAGAUCGACGAGGCGGCCCAACUAUUGGUUCCUACCAAGCGUCUCAAGGGCAAAUCGUACCGUGACGCCGCGGACACCACUGUGAAGUCCGAGAACGUCAAAGAGGAGCCCGAGGAGGCCACCCUUCCCGCCAAGAAGAAGUCGACCGUGAGCCCGCGGACGGGCCUGAAAGUGGAGGUGGUCAUCCCUUCUCUACCAAGGAGUCGCGGCUCGCCCUCCGCCUCCAGUGCGCCUGCAAGCGACGAGGAUGAAGACAUCCGGACCAUGCGCCGCGCGGUCAAGCGGAAGGCGAUCGUCAUUUCUGACGACGACAGUAGCGAGGAGGAGGCCCCUAAGAAGAAGGGUAAGGGCAAGGGGAAAGCCCCGGCGAAGAAGAGACCCGCGAAGCGUUCGAAGGCGUCCGAGUCCUCUGAUUACGAGGAGUCUGCUGCCGAGGAAGAGGAGGAUGAAGAGGAGGACGACUUCAUUGCGAGCUCGGAUGACGAGAAGCCUAAGACGUCGAAGGCCAAGGGCAAGUCGAGGGCAGCACCGAAGAAAGCUGGGAAGGCUCGGUCCGCGCCCGCAACAUCCGAGUCUGAGGAUGCUAUGGAAGUCGACGAUGACGAGGACGUCAAGCCCUCUGGUAAGGGCAAGAAGCCCGCGAAGAAGCCCAAGGUCGAGAAACCCGUAAAGGAGAAGAAGCGACGAGAGGACUCGGACCCCUGGAAGCUCAAGUCGUCGGCCGUCAAGCGUGACUGGCGCAAGAUGCAGUCUCCGCCGUUGGAGAUGUUCUACUUCUCUCGCAAGAUCGUCGACGAGUACACCUACCUUGACGGCAAGGUGCUCUCAAUGGUCACCAAGAUGAAGGCCGACCGCCUCUGGGUUCUCUCUGGUACCCCGCCCAUUCAUGACUUCGGCGCGCUGAAGACGAUCUCCGCGUUCCUCAACAUCCACCUCGGCAUCGAUGAUGACAAUGAGGGUCAGUCGCUGCAGGUCAAGAAGCGGAAGAGGGAGCAGACAGCCGUCGAGAAGUUCCACUCGUUCCGCGAGGUGCACAGCCUGGAGUGGCACGCCCAUCGUCAUGAGCUUGGGCAGAAGUUCCUCGACCAGUUCGUGAGACAGAACAUCGCCGAGAUCGACGAGAUAUCGUGCGGCCAGGAGAUCCAAAGAGUCAAGCUCCCCGCUUCCGAGCGCGCGAUCUACUUGGAGCUCGAGCAUCAUUUGCGUGCUAUCGACAUGACCGUGAAGCGAGGCAGGAAGAGCGAGAGCGACCGUGAGAAGCGCCUCGCACAAGCUCUUGGUGACAGCGGCACCGCCGAGGAAGCAUUGCUAAAGCGGUGCUCGCAUUUCGAGCUCGAGACCGCCGACAAGGAGAACGCCAUCAAGGCAUGUGAGGUCAUCGUGAAGGAGCGCACUAAGCAGCUGCAGGACUGCAAGGCUGAGCUGCUGAAGAAGCUCAACGAUGCCGUCAAGAUGGAGAAGAAGAUCGGCAAGGUGCCUGACGAGUCGCUCUUCCGCGAGUAUGUGCGCGUCACCCGGACGGAAGGCGUUGGUGACAAGGAGGCCACCGAGGCCGUACAAGCCCUUCUAGACGAGACCAACAUCGCAGGGCCGCUUAAGCCCUUGACGAACAAGUUGAGCGGGAAGAGCAGCGGGAAGAAGGACGACUCCGACAUUCCGAAGGCAACGAAGGACCUUAUCUGGGACCACCGAGAACAGACUCACGAGAUUCGUCGCAUCACCAAGGAACUCGUCGGUCGUGUGCGGUCGCUCAGGUACUUCACCGUCGUCCGUGAUUUGCAGAGGCAGGCCGACUCGCCACCAGUCGUACACUGCCCCAGUUGUGACCGCAAGGACGUUCCUCUCGACGAGAUCGCCGUCCUAUCCUCUUGCGGACACAUGGGCUGCUACACCUGCGUCGUGGCCUGCGCGGAUAGGGAGGAGUGUGUCUACGCCGCCUCGGGGGCUUGUCGUGCCGCUGCGCGCGCCCUUAACAUCGUUAAGGCUGACACCCUCGGUGUCGACGACGAAGCACGCGACGGACGUGGCAAGCACUACGGCCUCAAGCUGGAGAAGAUCAUGGACCUAAUCAAGAAAACCAUCCCGAAGGACGAGCGAGUCCUGAUCUUCGUCCAGUUCCCCGACCUUACCGCGAAGGUGGCCGAGGCCCUGAACUCCUACCGCGUUCCCUUUCUCGAGAUCAAGGGCUCCGCUUCGCAGAAGAGCAAGAACCUGGAGAAGUUCCAGAACGACAGCGAGGAGCGUGUGCUCCUGCUGAAUGUCAUGGACGAGAGCGCGAGCGGAGCAAACCUCACAUCUGCCAACCACGCCAUCUUCAUCUCGCCGCUGCUCGCGCCAACGCAGGAGAUCUACGACGCGUGCGAGACCCAGGCGAUCGGUCGUCUGCGGCGAUACGGGCAGCUCAAGCAUGUCAACAUCUGGAGGUUCCUCAGUUUGGACACGAUCGACGUGGAGAUCUACCAGCAGCGGACGGGGCAGAAGGUGUAA